AUGGAGAUCAAUAAUUCUAUACCCCAACUCGACUAUGAUGGGUACACCAUUACACCUCUCCAAAUCCCCAAACAAAACUCCAAUAGCAAUAGCUUCCCGCCAACAAAUCAGUCAAUCCAAGAACCCUAUCCAUCAAAGGAAGUCAUCCUCGAAGCAUGCAAAAUAUACUUCCUCCAUUGCUACAACCAACCAUUCUCCUUCUUCGAUGAAGAUAGGUUCAUGUCCCGGUUCCACUGGGACGGGGUUCCGAUGUACCUGCAACUAGCUAUAUUGGCGACCUCAAUCCGAUAUUCGAGUAAAGCUUGUUGGAGAGAUUGCAAGGAAGAAGCUAUUGAUAAAUAUGCUUGUUUGUCGUGGGAUAUUAUAUCCGCUUCUGGGCUGGCGCUGGUGGAUGAGCCGGAUAUUUCUAUUGUUCAGGCGAUUGCGCUUUUAUCGAUUAUUGAUACUUUGGCCGGCCGCAAAAGAGCUUCCUGGGUCAAAGUCGGAAUGGCCAUUCGAAUCAGCCAAGACCUAGACUUGAUGCGCGAUACAGGCUUGAACAUUCCCGAAAGCGAGCAAGAAGAAAGACGGCGUCUCUUCUGGUCUUUAUAUCUGCUAGAAAGAAUAAUCUGCUGUUCUUCUGGGCGACCAUUGGCGAUCAUAGAUUCUGAUUGCCACGUACGACUUCCCUCAGAGACAUUAGGCUGUCCAUCAGAAGCAUCUUCCCGAUUAGAUGCUACUACGACAUUACCUGCAAUCUUGAAAUAUAAUGAGACCCAGCGUGACACCUUGGGUAAUUUUUCAUCAGCAGUUCUGAUGGCCUCGGCCGCAAGCCGAGCUACACAAUACGCCUUUCGCGACGAAAUCGAAUCCCUACCGCCAUGGGAUCACAAGUCUGAAUACGGGACUAUCCAAUCCACUUUAUUUUUAUUCACCUCACAAAUGCGACGGCGCUUCUCCGGAUCUACCAUGCAACAACAAGACUUCCUCACAAACGGCAAACUCGACCAAAGAAAAGUUGGGCAUUUCCUGCUCGCACGAGCCUUUUUCCACUUGACGAAUUGCAUGCUGAAUCAUCCUUUCCUUUUGGCAUUGAAAUUGCGAAAAUGUCAUUUCAGCAUCCCGCCUAGUUGGUUGAGGGGUAGUCGGCAUGAAUGUUUUGUGCAUUCGUUGGCGCUGUCUGAUCUGCUAGUUCAGGCCAAGGCGCUGAAUUGUGGUAUUACAGCGUUUUUCUGUUAUUGUGUUAUGGUAGCGGGAUCAAUCCAGGUUUUGUUUCUGGAUGCAGAGGAUCCUACGACGCAGGCUCGGGCACGAGAAUGUGUUCAACGGUGUAAGAGGUAUUUGGACGAGGUUGCACCUUAUUAUAAGAUUGCUGAAUCUUUUGCAACCGGAUUACAAAACUUCCUCUGCCAAAGCACCAAAUACCGAACAAUUCUCAAAAGCUACCCUUUUGCGGACGACCUCUCACCCACGGAUAUAAAUAUCCUCCGCUCUGUGGUAGAUUUUGGCGUAAUGUCCACCAUAACAAGUUCCAACUCACCGUUGAAUCUGUCCUCCUCUCCCGCUGAUGAUGAACCUAGUCCUGAUUAUAGUAUGUGGCUUCACUUGGAAGAUACGCCGGAGACGAGCUCGAUGAUGAAUAAUAGUAUUGAGGGACUGGCGGGUCUGCCUCCGUUUCUCUCUAGUGCGUCGUAG